AUGAAGAAGCUGAAGCGUCGGUUGUCCUUGACCUUGAGCAAACGAGGUCGUACUUUAGACGAAAGCUUAUCUGAACUUGCCGAGCAGAUGACCAUUGAUGACGUGGUAGCCCUGAGCGAGCAGCAGCUACAACAGCAACAGCAUCACCACCUGCAGAAUCCACUACACAACCAUCUUCAUCGCAGUCAACCACAGCUUGAUCAAUUCCGAAUACCUUCGGCUCCACAGCUUCUGCAAGGCAACACAGCCAGUGAGGAAAGACCUGGCCGGUUAAAAACAUUCUAUCCAUUCAGAGCAGGGAUUAUUCACGAAAACGGGGUGGUACAUGAAAACCCGCGCCUGGCAGCAGAGAGCGCCGACCUUGACGAGGUGCGAAGGGCAGCUGACGAACGCUACGACGUUGUGUCUCCAGUCACAGUUCGCUUACGGAACAAACAGAGGCGGCUCAGUGAG